UGUAUUAAUGUCUCUGUUAUUAAGCUGGCUAUGGGGGUUUCACCCUCCUGUGUUAUUGUUAAAAGGGGACCGAGUGGCAGCGGGGUGGGCUCGGGCCAGCUCAUGGAAAUCUUUCUCAUCUGGCUUGACUUUUAGUUUCUCUCCGCACACCCACCAACAGAUCAGAUCUUUUCAUGGAACAUGCCGCUGGGGGCAUCUGGGACCGGGCUGAAGUGGAAGAUGGAGCUGAGUUGGGGGAGACUGGGCCCCCACUGCCAUCAGAUGAUCCCAGUGCGUUUCUCCUCCUCGUGUCAGGCAGUGCUGUCAUCUCCUGCCACAGGCAGGGCAGCCGAGACCCAGAGAAACUGCUGCUUUUGGGAGUCUGUGGAAGAACAGGGACUCAAGCCUGGCUUUUCUGAAUCCUAACCGUGCACCUUCCCCGCGAGGCAUCCGUCCUCCUCAAGACGCCCGUGGCCAACAAUUCCCUUUCGAUCUCUUUCCCUGCAGAAAAGCCAGUGACUCCGCCGACAGUAUCCAUCGCCGCAACCGCCAUGGAGCUGCUGAUCAUCGCGAUGCUGGUAGUCGGAGCAGCGACAGCCUCAGACACAGAGGUAAACCGGAUCAUUGGGGGGAGCUUCUGCCUCUUCGGCUCACGGCCCUACCAGGUGGCUCUCCUGAGGAACGGCCGCAUCUACUGUGGUGGGAGCCUGAUAGCCCCGAAGUGGGUGCUAACUGCUGCGCACUGCGGCAGAUGGGUCAGACGGAUCAGCUCUCUGCGGGUGCAUCUGGGAGAUUAUAAUCUACCGGCAAAGGAAGACACAGAACAGAUACGAAGAAUCCACAACUUCUUCAUGCACCCAGGGUAUAACCUCCGCCCUCGUGACAACGACUUCAUGCUUCUGGAGUUGGAUGAGCCCGCUCAACUCAACAACUACGUGAACACAAUCAACAUGACUACCCAUUGUCCCUCUCCUGGAACACGAUGCGGUGUGUCGGGAUGGGGCACCAUCAAGUCCCCCCAAAGGCGGUUCCCAGCCACCAUGCAGUGUGCAGAUGUCUAUACCGUCAGCCAGGCCAGGUGCCAGGAAAGGUACCGGGGCAGGAUCACGGAGAACAUGUUCUGCGCUGGUGUGGAACAGGGCGGCACAGGCACAUGCCAGGGCGAUUCAGGAGGUCCACUGGUCUGCAAUGGGCAGCUGCAGGGCGUGGUCUCCUGGGGUAAGUCUGUCUGUGCCCUGCCUGGACAGCCCGGGGUCUAUGCCAAAGUCUGCAAAGCUGUCCAGUGGGUGAGGAGCACCAUAGGGAGGAAAUGCGCCAGAUCGGACUGAGAGCUCACAGCGCGUCACGCCUGCCACAAUAACCCACCAACACACGCCCCAGCCACACCUCUCCUCAUCUCACCGCGGUACCUGGGGGGUGCUGAAUGGGGUGGGGAGAGCUGGCCCAGGUGGAACUGGAAUGGGGGAGCUGCAGUGGGUCAGCCCAAAGCAGCUAACAGUUACUAGCCAGGCCUGACAAAAUUCUGAGGCUGGGUUAAAAAUGUGUGACUGGUUUAUAAAAAGGAUGAAUCAGCCUGAAGAUUGGGAGAUUGCUUUAAAAAAUCACGAGAUUGGUUAAAAAUGGGGAGUUUUGCUUAAAAAUCAUGAAUCAGUCUGAAAUUCACAAGACUGGUUCAAAAAUCAAGAGGUUGACUUUAAAAAUCGUGAGAUUUGGUUUAGAAUCAUGGGAUUAGCUGGAAAGCCAUGAGACUGCUGUAAAAAUCGUGAGAUCAGCCUGAUGAUUGUGAGAUGGUUUUAAAAAUCAUGAGGUUGGAUUCAAAAUUAUGAGACUGGUUUUAAAAUGCCAUAAAUAGCGCACAGGUCUUUGAUCUGGUCUCUUGCAUUAGUAUGGGUGGCGUAAGCGGCUGUGACUGCUCUGAAGUCAUGAACUCUGACGUCUCAUGGAGUUCAAGCUUUGUUAUACGGAGCUACAGCAACAUAGCAGCAGCGCCUGUAGCAUAGACAAGCCCCAGGAGUUCAUGUUCAGCAGAUUAUCCACCACAGCCCCGAAAUCUUUCUGAGCGUCACUGCUUCUAUGGAGAGAGUCCACUAUAUUCUAAGUCUGGUGGACGUUCUUUGUUCCUAGAUGGAUGCAUUUACACGUACUGUAGCCAUUAACAUUCCCACAACACUCAGGGUAAAACUGUGGGACUUGGUAGUGGUGAGACUCAGUGACUCAAAUCUCACAUGCUUUUAUGACACAUCUCAUGAGGGUGGGUGUGUUUCUUAAAGCCUCGAGCUCCGGGAGUCAUGUGAUUCCAUAAGAAUCUGAGCUUUUGUCAGAAAAAGUCACUUUCUAAACCUAGGCUUUGGGGAAAGAAAGCUGGGAAACUGACCCUUAGAGGCUCACAAAAACUGAAUACUCAAACACUAGUGGUUUGGGGUUUUUUGUUUUGUUUUGUAGUUUACAUCAUCUGAUUUUUACACCAAUCUCACAAUUUUGGGUGAGCCAAGACUUGCAAAUUUUGAACUCUUCUGGAAAGAAAUACUAGGACCACUGACAAGGGGUGGGAAAAGCACAGGCUGACCUCAGAGAAGAAGCUAUGACAGAGGAGAGAUUGACAAAGAGAGACUCAGUUCGUGCUCAUAAACCAGGGCUGAGACUCCCAUUCCAUGGGAAAUUCAGACAUUUCAAGUGGUGGGAAGAAUCCGUUGUGCACGGGAAUGCAAAGCUGAAAUUUCUUAACACCCGAUGUGGCAAA